AAUAAAAGAACACCGUUUUUUGUUCGUCGUUUGUGAAAAACUUUAUUGUAUUCGUAUGCAAUUGUUUUAAGUUUAUUAAAGAAAAGGAAACAAGUGCAUGUCUAAUUUUCUAAGUUCUUAGAUAGUAUUUGAAGAUAAUUAAUUAAGACAAAAUGUCGUUUGCGGAAAAGAUCACAGGCUUGUUAGCGCGGCCGAAUCAAGGAGCAGAACAAAUGGGUGGCGUAGAUGCGCCAUGGUAUAUGAAAUAUGGAGGACGUUUAUUGGGUAUUGUUGGCGCGUUCUUCUGCAUACUUUUUGGACUCUGGAAUGUCGUUGGCAUUCUGCUUCUCAACAUUUCCUGUCUCGUUUCGGGCAUUUUACAAAUGGUGGUGGGAUUUAUAGUGAUGGCAUUAGAGGCGCCUUGUUGUUUCUUCUGUAUAGAAUAUGUUAACGAAAUGGCGAAUAAAGUGGAAUCACGGCCUUUAUGGAAUCGUGCCGCCUUCUAUUGUGCCAUUGCUUUACCUCCUGUAAUUUUGUGCCCAGGACUGAGUAGUGUAUUUCCAUGUGGUCUUGUAUUUGGCACUGGAGCGAUAUAUGGUCUCAUGGGAUUGGGAAAAAAAGCAUCACGCGAGGAUAUGGCUGCAGCCGCGACAUCCCCCACACAAAUGCCACCCGAUGGUGGCCAAAUGCAAAUGGGCACCGAUCAACAUAUCACACUAAUGGAAGAUCCAGAUGUCUGGCGUCCAACAUAAACAAUUCAUUCCAAUUAAAUUUAGCAAUGCUCAUUAGUGCACGCUGCUAUGCAUAGCAAUUUAGUCUCCAAAAAACUAUAUAUAUAUAUAUAUAUAUAUUGAAUUUAAUUUAAUUUGCCAAUUAUUGAUAGGUGUUUCCAUUGAAGCACUGAGGGAGAAGAGCAAUAAUUGAAAUAGUCACUUGCCCCACCAGAAGAAAGAAUUCACUAAAGUUAAAGGGUAGUGUAGAGUAGUAGAAAAUACAAAUGUACAACGGCUUAAGCUACCAAUUUGCAAAUAGAAAAAAAAAUUAAUUUACGUUUUUUGUUUUUUCGUUCGCGAGUUAUUGCAAUACAAACAUGAAUGCGUAAACUUGUGUAUAUGUAUGUAUAAUAUAUUUAUGUAUGUAUAUUCAUAGUUAAUGCAAAACCAAUAUUACCUUAAGCACAAUACUCAAUUGAGAACAACAUUCCAUUUAUAAGAAAUAAUUGUUACAAAAAAACAACAAAGCAAAACCACAAAAAAACUUACAUAUUUACAAAACUUAAGGAAGAUCAAAGAUUAUUGUUGUUGUUAACGGUAUGUAUAUACAGUACAUCUGCGCUACCUACUAAAUGAUCUCCUCCAAAACAGCAAUAAUUGAGUAAACGCAUAAAUAAAACAUGUUGUAUAUACAUAUAAAAGCAUGUAAUGUGGUAAAAAUUAAACCAAAAUUGAAUUAAGUAAAUAAAGUUUUAAUGUAGAGCUAAAAAAAAAAAAUAAAACAUAAAAUUGCAUCGUUACUUAGUAAAAAGUUUAAAGAGUUUUGGUGUGUGUUGUUCAAAAGCUUAUUGUCAAAAGGAAAUAUUUUAUUGUAAAUUAUACGAAACUUAAAAUAAAUACACAAAAUAAUAUAUAUAUAUAUUAUAUAUACAUACAUACAUACAUAAAGCAUGGUUGAUAUAAUAUUCCUAGUGGAACAACUUUGAAAAGUGUGCGCAUCAAAUUUGAUUUCGGUAAACUUUUGUUAUCACUACAAUCUUAUAUGCAGCAACACAUUUAAUUUUCAUGAAAUUACAACCACGUUUAAAUGCUUUCAUAUGCAUAAAAAAAACCUGGAAAAAGUAUAAUUUUUGAAUGAGUAACUGCGUGUGCUAUUGGUCAUGCGCAAUGAAGCUGGUUUAAAAUACCGUGUCGCUUCUUUGCCCGCUAUUUUUUUUCUUGUAAAAUAAGUUAAAUAAGUAUUAUAAUUUAUAUUAAGCAUAGAUAUGCCAUUUUGGUAGUGAAUUAAACACUUUUAUGUUUGCUCAAGUUGAUUUUCGUUCCUUCGAAACGUGAGAAUUCUGAGAAUUGAGCUAACCUUUAUUGCAAACCUAAUGAUAAUAUUUAUUAAAUAUCUAGUUGUUUAUUGAAGAAUAUUCAUAAAAUAAGUUUCCCAAUGUUGGAUUUCAAUUAUAAUCACAUAAAUAAUAAAUAUCUAGUUCUGAAAUUCAGGAA